AUGUGGAUAAUUCCCAUUCUGGCCAUUGGCCUCCUGCUACUAAGAUGUAUCUACCGCCUCUACCUGCACCCUCUUUCUAAGAUCCCAGGCCCAAAGCUGGCGGCCGUCACGCGGCUCCCAGAAUUCUACUACGAUGUCGUCCGAGGCGGGAAAUAUCUAUGGCAGGUUGAGAAAAUGCACAAGAAAUACGGCCCGGUCGUCCGCAUCAACCCGAACCAGGUCCACGUUAACGAGCCCUCUUUUUACAGCGAGAUUUGCGCAUCAGGAGGUCGCAAGCGUGACAAGAGUUUGACCUCCGUGGGCGGAUUUGGUCUCUCCGAGGCUCUUCCCAGCAUCAUCGACCAUGACCAUCACAGCCGACGCCGGAAACAGCUCAAUCCAGCCUUCUCUAAGAAAGCCAUCGUCGAAAUCCUCCCGCUCGUGCAGCAGAAAGUUGGCCUCGUCGCAGAGCAUGUCGAGGCAGCCUACCACGGCGAGAACGACGGCGUUGUGGACUUGGACGCCGAGUUCACCGGCUUGGCGGCAGACACGGUGACGCAGUAUACCUUUGGCAAAGACCUGGGGUUCCUGAAGGAUACUAAGUUCAGCAAUGUCAUCACGUCUUCGAUGCGCGAGAUGACGGACCAGUUCCACCUCAAUCGCUUCUUUCCCUGGCUUCCUGGCUUCAUCCAACGACUUCCGUCCUUCUUCAUCUGCUGGUUGCGGCCCAAUCUUGCGGGGAUCAACGACCUGCAGGAUCGGUUGCAUCAAGUGUCAGAGACGAAGGUCGGUGGGGUCCGAACGGUGAUUGAUAUUCUAAAUGAUCCUUCGCUACCGGCCGAGGCUCGAGCGCCUGAGUUCAUUAGGGAUAAUGUCAACCUCAUUCUUGGGGCGGCGUCAGACCCCACUAGUGGGACUUUGCUGGUCGGUCUGUACCAUCUCGUGCAGAGGCCGCCGCUGUGGCUUCAGUUGCGCGACGAGCUCCGCGGCGUGAUGCCCUCUCCGACGAGUCCUGCUCCGUGGCUGGAAUUGGAACAGCUCCCCCUCUUGAAAGCGGUGGUGAAUGAAAUGCUGCGGCUCUCGCCUGGGACGAUUCGUAUCGCUCGUGUGCCUGUCUCGGAGACCCUAGUGAGCCAUGGUCACGUCAUUCCCCCGGGGUCUAUAGUCAGCUCCAGCGCACGCCUGAUUCACAUGCACCCGGAUCCGUUCCCAGAUCCUGAAUCAUUCAACCCACAUCGAUGGCUUGAAGCCUCUCCCGAACAAUUGAUUAAAAUGUCACAGGCAUUGGUUCCCUUCUCGAGAGGCAACCGAAACUGCAUUGGCCACUAUCUGGCCACGGCCCAAAUCUACAUGCUCCUUUCUACUAUCAUCCGUCGAUUUGAUCUCGAGCUCCACAAUACUAGCCCGAAGGAUGUGGAAUUUGCGCGCGAUUGUGUCGUUGCACGGCCUGAGAAAGGACAUUGGAGUGUUAAGGCUCGUGUUGUCGGCAUUGCCACGCAUUGA